CCAGGGUAGUUUACCUGAUUUCCGGAACUCACUCAAAUUUUUUCCGACCUAGUUAAAUGUUGAUAAAAGUACUUUUGGAAAACACUCUAAUUUCCCUUUGGAAACUACUGAUACUUUUGUGGAAAUCACUAAACGUCUUCCAGAAAUAAACCAUCUUCCUGUUUUACAGUUAUUUAUUAAAGAAAAUACGUUUAGAAUGACUAAUUUCGUUAUAAUUGCGGUCAUGAGGCGUUCGGGAGCGCUCCGGAUCACGCGCUGGCCUUUCGAGCUUCGAUUACACCUCGGAAACCGUCGGAAGCCGUCGGAAAAUGUUCGUGGAGCCAAUCUUUACGCAACCGGUGGGUGUAAGUCCUUGUUAUUUGGUGACAAUAACAGGCGGAACACAGUCAAAACCCCUCACGAUUGGCUAGCAAAGAUUUCGUCAUCGGAACUCACUCAAAACACUCUUCUGAUUGGCUAGUUGUGUUUGGAAACUACCUUGGAAACUACUGACAAAGUAUAAAAAGGGCAGUUCCUCCCCCAGCGGGUCUCUUUCGUUGCUCCUACAAUACAAGUACUUUUGAACUUGCUCAGGGGUUAACGACGGAAUUUACUGUUAAACGUUUAAAAAAUACUAGUGUUAUGACUCGCGGAGAUCCUGUUUGUCGGAGGGAGGAUUGUUCUCCCUUCGACAUUGGCCUAGUUUUCGACGAGAUCCACAACUACUCGCCGCAUCAGAAGCUGGAGUUCGUCGAAAACGUGUGGAAACCAGUCACAGCUACACUUGAAGACAUCUCACUUAACAGAAACAGCCCUGGAGACUCAACCUGGAAUCCAACAAGCAGACAUGAUGCUCAGUCCUUAAUUAAUGCAAUCAACUUUUCCUUUAUUGUUUCUCUUGUUAUUGUCAGACAUAUUUUGGGAUUAACUAGACCACUCACAGUGAAGCUGCAACAAAAAGCAAUGGAUCUUCUAAAAGCUAAAGAUGAACUUGCUCUUUUGAAAUCAGUCCUUGAAGACAUGAGCACUGACAUUGAUAACAGACAUCAUAAUCUCUACCAGGAAGCAGUGACCAUUGCAAGACAAGUAGCAGUCCAGCCAGAAAUGCCAAGGAUAGCCCAGAGACAAAUGCAUAGAAAUAAUGCUCCUGCUGCAACUCCUGAGGGAUAUUUCAAGAUCAAUCUCACUAGAGUUUUUCUUGACCAUGUACUCCAGCAGCUCAACACCAGAUUCCAGGAUGAUGUAUUUGUUUGCUAUAAAGGUAUUUCGAUUAUUCCCUCUGUUUUACUAGCUACUGACCCUGCCUGGAAGGCCAAUGUUUUGGAAUUUUGUAACCAUUACAGACAGGACAUACCAAAUUAUGCAGGAUUACAGGCAGAGCUUUUGUUAUGGGAGAGAUUGUGGAAGGGGAGGGAUAACAGAGGAGAUAUUAUUCCUGACAGUUUGGAGGCUACACUGAAGGAUAUUGACAAAGAUGCAUAUGUCAACAUCUAUUCCAUGCUGAAAGUCCUGAUCACAAUUCCAAUUUCAUCUGCAUCUUGUGAGAGAUCCAUAUCAUCCCUUCGGAAUCUUAAGAACUAUUUGAGAAAUACAAUGACCCAGGACAGACUGAAUGGAUUGGCACUGAUGCAUGCCCACAGAGACAUGGAUUUUGACCUUGAACGUAUAAUAGAUUUAUUUGCUGAGUUACAUCCUAGGAGAAUGAGAAUGGCAAACAUUUUGUAAUAAUUUUUUGCACCAGCUGUUUCUAGAGUACUUGUGAGUUAUGUUCUGUCUGGGUUAUGGCCUUUAAGUCUCAUAAUCCUUAAACUGAUGGAGAACAGUACAGAAGCUCAAACUGGUGCCUGUAUAACUUUUUUCAACUCAUUUCAAGGUUAUUUUCUAUUUUGUUUUACUUGUGAUGAUUUUCCAUUGACAUUGACAUUGGGUUUUCAUGUUAAGCUUAAAUGGUUAACAAACAUUUUCACUGAACUCAACCAGCUUCACAGCAAUUCCCAAGGAUGAAGAAAG